CCGCCUCUGAGAGGAGCUUAAACACCCAACAGUGAGAAGUGAUCGACCACAGUCGACAGUGGUGUGCACAGGAGAAAAGAUGGGCUAUUUCCCGGAGUUUUCCAUCGAAACCUGGACCUUAAUAGCAAUUUUCAUUGCUCUCAUUGCAGUAUAUGGAUAUGCUCCAUAUGGCUUUUUCAAGAAAGUUGGCAUCCGUGGACCCAAACCAUUGCCCUUUUUUGGAACACUUUUGGAGUACAGAAAGGGUGUCCACAAUUUUGAUACACAGUGCUUUCAGAAAUAUGGUAAAAUAUGGGGGUUCUACGAUGGCAGGCAGCCUGCCCUGGCUGUAAUGGACACAGCUAUGAUCAAAGCCAUCCUGGUUAAGGAGUGUUAUUCUGUCUUCACUAACAGACGGGAUGUGGGCCUAAACGGACCCUUACGUGAUGCUGUGUCAGUAGUAGAAGACGAGGAAUGGAGGAGGAUUCGCAGCAUACUCUCUCCGUCAUUCACCAGCGGCCGACUGAAAGAGAUGUAUACAAUAAUGUUGAAGCACUCAAGUAAUCUAGUCAAGAAUCUCCAUGAGAAAGCAGCGGCGGAUGAAGUCAUAGAGGUUAAAGAAGUAUUUGGACCUUACAGCAUGGAUGUUGUGACCAGCACUGCUUUUAGUGUGGAUGUUGAUUCCAUCAACCAGCCCUCUGAUCCUUUUGUGGCAAACGCUAAGAAACUGGUCACUUUCGACGUCCUGAAUCCCUUCUUUGUGUUAAUCUUUAUGUUUCCAUUCUUGGGACCAUUUCUGGAGAAGAUGGAUGUGUCAAUUUUUCCUGCUGAGCCGUUGGAUUUCUUCUACAAGUUUAUAAAGAAAAUCAAAUCUGACCGGAAUAAGAAUAACCACAAAAACCGAGUGGACUUCAUGCAGUUGAUGGUGGACUGUCAGAUUUCAGAGGACAACACAGAUGAUCCCAGUUCCCAAAAAGGGUUGACUGAUCACGAAAUCCUUUCUCAGGCUGUGACAUUCAUUUUUGCUGGUUAUGAAACCAGCAGCAGCACACUGGGCUUUAUAGCCUACAACCUGGCAACACACCCUCACAUCCAAAAGACCCUGCAAGAGGAGAUUGAUGAAACCUUCCCAGAAAAGGGUCAACCAACCUGUGAUGCCCUGAUGCAGAUGGAAUACCUGGACAUGGUGGUGAAUGAAACAAUGAGGCUGUACCCUAUUGCUACUAGAUUAGAGAGAAUAUCAAAGGCUUCUGUUGAAGUGAACGGUGUGACCAUCCCUAAGGGAACUGUCAUUGUGGUGCCACUUUACGCUCUCCACCACAACCCUGAUUUGUGGCCUAACCCUGACACCUUUAAACCUGAAAGGUUCAGCAAAGAGAACAAAGACAACAUAGAUCCGUAUGCCUUCCUACCCUUUGGAGCAGGGCCAAGGAACUGUAUUGGCAUGAGAUUUGCUCUCUUGAUGAUGAAGCUGGCCAUAGUGGAGAUUCUUCAGAACUUCAGCUUUGUUACAUGCAAGGAGACAGAGAUUCCAUUGGCACUGUCAAGUAAUGGAUUUACCUCACCCAGGGAGCCCAUCAAGCUGAAGCUAGAGCCCAGAGCAAGUGCUUGAAAUCUCCCUCUUGCAUUGCCUGUGAACUUGGUGUGAACCUAUUUCAGCUUCUGUAGGGGUGCAUGUCAGAAAUGAUUUGAGAACAACUGCAACCUUUGCAUAAACUUUAAUGAAUAUGUAUUUCCUGAUAUAAAUUGCCUGAAACCUCACUUAUAUCAUAUAUCAUAUUUGUAUCAUAAUUUUUCCCCUGAUUUCAAACAUAUAUUUUACUUUUUUAAAUGAAAAUAUAUCAGAUUCAAAAAUGUGUGCUUGAAACUGACAUGUAAUAUAUUUUCAAGAAAGCACUGUUGGAAAAUAAAUGGACAAAUGC